CCAGUCGGAUCCGGCUGAACGUGACGCGCCGACUCGGAGCCGAGCGAGGUUUCCUGGCGGAGCUGCGGAGGGAGCAGGAGCCGAGCGGGUCCGUCUGUCUGUCCGUGUGUCUGUCUGUCUGCCGCCGCCGCCGCCGCCGCCGCCGCCGCAGUCUCUUUUCCGUUUGAGACACAAAAAGCCCUCCUCUUUUCGGCUUCCACGGUCACCAGCGGCUAUGGAUCCAUCGCUGUCCUCCUCCUGUUUUCGCCGCUGAGGGACGUUACUCCGUCGGAUGCUCCAGUGCCCAUAGAGGAGGAGGGGGAGGAGGAGGGGGGCAUCCCUGUCAUUCUUCGACUGCCAGGCUGACUCACCACUGGAGCGCCUGAACACAGAAGAAGAAGAAGAAGAAGAAGACGAAGUUUGAGAGAACGAGGGAGUGAGGAACACCGUGAAACAGAGCGAGAAGGAAGGAAGGAGGGAGGGAGAGAAAGACGGGAGUAAAAACCACAAGAGGCGCGGAAGACUAGGAGGGGAGAAAGACAGAAGACAGCAAGCGAAAGUCAGGUUGGGUCGGCGGGGCGAGAGGAGGAAAAAGAAAUUGACUGUGGCAGCGAGAGAGAAAGACAGAGAGACACUGUAGACUCCUACAACCCAGCAGGGAGCAGACGGACAGAUCUGAGGUCAGCCGAGAGCGGGCACAGGUAGGUCGGAGGUUGGAGGUCGGAGGUCAGGCGGUCAGACGGACAGCUGACUCAGCUCCACCCGAACCCACUGUCCAGCUGCCCCUCCAACCGCUGUCCCUUCACGGUCACCACACUGGGAGAACUGGGAGAACUGGUGACGAGGAGAAGCCACCAUGAGCGACCAGAACGUCGUCAAGGAAGGCUGGGUCCAGAAAAGAGGUGAGUACAUCAAGAACUGGCGACCGCGCUACUUUCUGCUGAAGACAGACGGCUCUUUCAUCGGCUACAAGGACAAACCACAGGACUCUGACCUGGCCUACCCGCUCAACAACUUCUCUGUAGCAAAAUGUCAGCUGAUGAAGACGGAGCGACCCAAGCCAAACACCUUCAUCAUCCGCUGCCUGCAGUGGACCACCGUCAUCGAGAGGACUUUUCACGUCGACACGCCUGAUGAGAGGGACGAGUGGGCCGAGGCCAUCCAGAUGGUGGCUGAGUCUCUGGCCAAACAGGAGGAGGAGGGCAUCCUGUGCAGCCCCACCUCCCAGAUCGAGAACGUCAACGAGGAGGAGAUGGACACCUCCAUCAGCCACUACAAACGAAAGACAAUGAAUGACUUUGACUAUCUGAAGCUUCUGGGCAAAGGCACUUUCGGGAAGGUCAUUCUGGUGAGGGAGAAGGCGAGCGGCACCUACUACGCCAUGAAGAUCCUGAAGAAGGAAGUCAUUAUAGCCAAGGAUGAAGUUGCUCACACGCUUACAGAAAGUAGGGUAUUAAAAAACACUCGACAUCCAUUCCUAACUUCUCUGAAGUACUCAUUCCAGACUAAGGAUCGGCUGUGCUUUGUAAUGGAGUACGUCAACGGAGGAGAGCUGUUUUUCCACUUGUCGAGAGAGAGAGUUUUUUCGGAGGACCGCACCCGUUUCUACGGUGCCGAGAUCGUCUCUGCUCUAGACUACCUACAUUCUGCCAAGAUCGUCUACCGUGAUCUGAAGCUGGAGAACCUCAUGUUGGACAAAGACGGCCACAUCAAGAUCACUGACUUCGGGCUCUGCAAAGAAGGCAUCACCGACACUGCCACCAUGAAGACCUUCUGCGGAACACCAGAAUACCUGGCUCCCGAGGUGUUGGAGGACAACGACUACGGGCGGGCGGUGGACUGGUGGGGUUUGGGCGUGGUGACGUACGAAAUGAUGUGCGGCCGCCUGCCGUUCUACAACCAGGACCACGAGAAGCUGUUUGAGCUCAUCCUCAUGGAGGAGAUCAAGUUCCCACGAACCCUGUCGGCCGACGCCAAGUCGCUGCUGUCGGGACUCCUCAUCAAGGACCCCAACAAACGACUGGGUGGCGGACCGGAUGACGCUAAGGAGAUCAUGCGACACAGUUUCUUUGGCACAAUCGACUGGCAGGACGUCUACGACAAGAAGCUGGUCCCACCUUUCCAGCCCCAGGUCACCUCAGAGACGGACACGCGCUACUUCGACGAGGAGUUCACAGCACAGACCAUCACCAUCACUCCGCCGGAAAAAUACGAUGAGGACGGGAUGGACGCGGCGGACAACGAGCGAAGGCCUCAUUUCCCACAGUUCUCCUAUUCAGCCAGCGGGCGGGAGUGACCGCUCCGGCCCAGCCAGCCAGUAUCGUCCCCAUUCGUGGCCAUUUUGAGGAAAACACGUAGCCAUUCUAGGAAAAAGAAUACCAGUCUCCCCUCUUUUUCUCCUUCUCUGCCUCCUCGCAGACGGGGGAAAAGUCUUUUUAGGGACUUUAAAAGAGGUUUUUGCACAGUGGGAUAGACUCCAGCCGGUCUCCCCACACUAAAAAAUAAGUCUCCUACAUUUUCAGCGCUAUUUACUGCAGAAGGCAAUGUUUUUGUUAUUUAUAUUUUUUUCUCUCCGUCAGUAUUAAGUUGUCGACCCAGGUUGCGUUCACUUGUUUUUGUUUGUUUGUUGUUUCUGCCCUUUUUUCUUCUUCUUCUUCUUUUUUCGACUUUUUGCACUUGGUUUGGAAGAGCCGUUUUAGGGAACAAAAAACCAAAAAUGUUGCCUUACGUGUGCAGACGUUUCGUAUCAUACCGACAGGGUGUUUUGUUUUUUUGUUUUUUU